AUUCCUUUUUCUUUAAAAAAAAAAAAUUUUUUCCGCCGUCGGAAAUGGUGAGAAAAUGUCGGGCUCUGCGCUGAAACAAGAGCUCAAAUUACUGGAGUCGAUCUUUCACCAGAGACACGAGAGAUUCCGCAUCGUGUCCGGCUGCCUGGACGAAAUCAGCUGUCAGUUCGUCACCCAGGAGCAGGUCCUGGUCAUUCACUGUAACAUCACGGAAUCCUAUCCCUCAGUGCCACCUAUAUGGUUUGUGGAGUCAGAUGACCCGAACCUGGCUGCAGUGUUGGAGCGCCUCGCAGAUAUAAAGAAAGGCAGCACGCUGCUUCUUCAACACUUAAAGCGAAUAAUCUCUGACCUGUGCAAACUUUACAACCUCCCACAACAUCCGGAUGUGGAAAUGUUGGAUCAGCCACUACCAACAGAACAGAGCACACGGGAUGAUGUGACAUCUGAGGAGGAGGACGAGGAGAUGGCAGAGGACAAUGAGGACCUGGAUCAUUACGAAAUGAAGGAGGAAGAGCCAGCAGAGGGCAAGAAGUCUGAGGAUGAAGGGAUCGGGAAGGAGAACCUGGCCAUCUUGGAGAAGAUAAAGAAGAACCAGAGGCAAGAUUAUCUAAAUGGGGCAGUGUCCGGUUCUGUUCAGGCCACUGACCGACUUAUGAAAGAGCUGAGGGAUAUUUACCGGUCAGAGAGUUUUAAAGCGGGAAACUAUGCAGUUGAACUUGUCAACGACAGCUUGUACGACUGGAACGUAAAGAUCCUUAAAGUUGAUCAGGACAGUGCUUUGCAUAACGACCUCCAGAUCCUCCGAGAAAAAGAAGGCGUCGACUUUAUUUUGUUAAAUUUCUCUUUUAAAGAUAAUUUCCCUUUUGACCCACCCUUUGUAAGGGUCGUAUCUCCAGUGCUCUCCGGAGGUUAUGUCCUCGGAGGGGGAGCAAUUUGCAUGGAACUCCUCACGAAACAGGGCUGGAGUAGCGCUUACUCUAUCGAGUCCGUCAUUAUGCAGAUCAGUGCGACACUGGUGAAAGGCAAAGCAAGGAUUCAGUUUGGAGCCAAUAAGUCACAGUACAGUCUCACCCGGGCGCAGCAGUCCUACAAAUCACUGGUUCAGAUUCACGAGAAAAAUGGUUGGUAUACUCCACCAAAAGAGGAUGGCUAGCCAUGCCAGGUGCCAAGUGCUUCAGGACCAACUUAAGCUGCACCAAUUGGGAAAACUCCAUUUUAUCGAUAGCUGCCUCUUUCCCUGAGAGACGAACGGGCUUCAGCCGGAACCUUGGAUCAUAUACUUAUUAUAAAAUAAAACCCUGUAUAUAAAAGUAUACAUCUGUACACUCAUGGACAAAUACCGCAACUCCUUUCUCUCGCCAGGCCCCAUGUACUGGGUAUCCUGCACCUGCAGACUCUUAAAUCCACUUCAUAUAAACUGGAUUUCGAAUAGUUUCGGAUCAAUUUUGCAUCUAGUUUUUUUUUGCCUACACCCCCUCCCUCCCCACCUCACUCUAACUAGGUAUCAAUGUGGACGUUUAAUUUAUUUUUUCCCUAUCUUCACAUGCACCUUUUAUCUUUUUUUUGUUCAAAAUGUAUGCUGGUUUUGUGAAGAUGUGUAUCUUUCUGAAUUGAUAAUUACAGUUUAUUAAUGACUGCA